AAGAGGCGCGGCGGGCCGGGACCCGACCCAGACGCAGGCAGCACCUAGACUCGCCGACGCCUAGGGACCCGGGCAGCCCCGCAGCGCUCCGGCUCCUCCUCCUCGCGAUCGCCCUCCGCAGCGAUGGACGGAGACGGUGACCCAGAGAGCGUGGGCCAGCCUGAGGAGGCGAGCCCCGAGGAGCCGCAGGAGGAGGCGUGCGCGGAGGAGGCGAGCGCCGGCGAGGAGGAGGAGGCGGUGGCGCCGUACCUGGACGAGCUGCCGGAGCCGCUGCUGCUGCGCGUGCUGGCCGAGCUGCCGGCCGCCGAGCUCGUGCAGGUGUGCCGCCUAGUGUGUCUGCGCUGGAAGGAGCUGGUGGACGGCGCCCCCCUGUGGCUGCUCAAGUGCCAGCAGGAGGGGCUGGUGCCUGAGGGCGGCUCGGAGGACGAGCGCGACCACUGGCAGCAGUUCUACUUCCUGAGCAAGAGGCGGCGCAACUUGCUGCGCAACCCGUGCGGGGAAGAGGACCUGGAGGGCUGGUGCGAUGUGGAGCACGGCGGGGACGGCUGGAGGGUGGAGGAAAUGCCCGGAGACUGUGGGAUGGAGUUCGUCCACGACGAGAACGUCAAGAAGUUCUUCGCGUCCUCCUUCGAGUGGUGUCGAAAAGCGCAGGUCGUUGACCUGCAGGCUGAGGGCUACUGGGAGGAGCUGCUGGACACCACUCAGCCAGCCAUCGUGGUAAAGGACUGGUACUCGGGUCGCAGCGAUGCCGGCUGCGUGUAUGAGCUCACGGUGAAGCUGCUGUCGGAGCACGAAGACGUGCUGGCCGAGUUCAACAGCGGGCAGGUGGCGGUGCCGCAAACGAGCGACAAUGGAGGCUGGACCGAGAUCUCCCACACUUUCACCGACUACGGGCCCGGCGUUCGCUUCGUCCGCUUCGAGCAUGCGGGGCAGGACUCCGUCUACUGGAAGGGCUGGUUCGGGGCCCGGGUGACCAACAGCAGCGUGUGGGUGGAACCCUGAGCGAUCCCUCCUCCAGCUUCCCCCAGCCGCCCCGGAGGGGCAGAGGCCUGGGGUAGAUAGGCCUUAGUGGUAGCACCCACUCCUCCCCCCGACCCCAUGCACUCCUCUCCUGCCCCUUUCUCCAAGCCCAGCUCCCACGCAGGUAGAGAAGGGUUUUGUUGGCGUAUAUUUGCAUCUGGAAAAGAAGAUGGGUGAGGGCUUGGGCCUGGACUGGGCCCACCACUGAACCUCCCACCCCUAGCA